AAACAUAGCGCGCAUGCGCAGUUCGGGUCGGGCAGGGGACGCUGAUGUUUGUUGCAGAAGCAGAAAAGCUCCGUAAAAACAUUGGACUAUUAGAAAAUAUCUAAAAUAUCGGCGAGUCCGUUUGUGCUUCCGAGUCGCUGUCCUUCCACGCAGCAUUCACGCAAAACUAAAGUGCGGACCGCAGGAUGAACGGAGAUUCCGGCGCCGGGGUGGUGGCGGCCACCCCACCCACACACCCGCCCCAUAAAGAGCGCUACUUCGACCGGGUGGACGAGACCAGUGCCGAGUACCAGAGAGAGAGGAACAUGGCACCCGACCUCCGGCAGGACUUUAACAUGAUGGAGCAGAGGAAGAGAGUGUCCAUGAUCCUGCAGAGCCCGGCUUUCUGUGAGGAGCUGGAGACUCUGAUCCACGAUCAGAUGAAGAAAGGGAAGACCCCCACCAGCCUGCUGGCCCUGCAGCAGAUCGCCGACUUCAUGACCACACCCACCAUGUACCCCGCCGCCCCGCAGGGAGGCAUGGCAGCGCUCAAUAUGAGUCUGGGUAUGGUGACUCCAGUGAACGAUCUCCGAGGUUCAGACUCCAUCGCCUAUGAGAAAGGAGAGAAGCUGCUGCGCUGUAAGCUCGCUGCAUUUUACCGUCUGGCGGACCUGUUUGGUUGGUCUCAGCUUAUCUACAAUCACUUAACUGUCAGACUGAACUCUGAACAAGAACGCUUUCUGAUUGUCCCAUUUGGACUUCUGUACAGCGAAGUCUCCGCCUCCAGCCUGGUGAAGAUCAACCUGCAGGGUGAGAUCGUGGACCGAGGCAGCACUAACCUGGGCGUGAACCAGGCCGGAUUCACCCUGCACUCUGCCAUAUACGCAGCCCGACCUGACAUCAAGUGCAUCGUGCACAUCCACACUCCUGCUGGCGCGGCGGUUUCGGCUAUGAAGUGUGGCCUCCUGCCCAUUUCUCCUGAGGCUCUGUCUCUGGGCGAGGUGGCCUACCAUGACUACCACGGCAUUCUGGUGGACGACGAGGAGAAGAUCCUUAUACAGAAGAACCUCGGCCCGAAGAGCAAGGUGCUGAUUCUGAGGAACCAUGGUCUGGUGUCAGUAGGGGAAACUGUAGAAGAGGCUUUUUACUACAUCCACAACCUGGUCACAGCUUGCGAGAUUCAGGUCCGUACCCUCGCGAGUGCAGGUGGCCCUGAUAACCUGGUCAUGUUGGACCCAUUGAAGUACAAAGUGCGUCCUCGUCACCCAGAGCCCGCUGGCGAUGGACCGAGUCCGCAUCCCAAGUGGCAGGUCGGGGAGCAGGAGUUCGAAGCCCUCAUGCGGAUGCUGGAUAAUUUGGGCUACAGGACCGGCUACCCGUACCGCUGCCCGGCUCUGCGCGACAAAGCUAAAAAGUACAGCGACGUAGAGAUCCCGCCAUCCGCCACGGGCUACUCAUAUGCCGAGGACAGCGACUCGGGCGCUCGCUCUCCGCUGAAGCACAGCUUCCAGCGGGGACAGCGCGACAAGACCCGCUGGUUGAACACCGGCCGGCCGGAUGAAACCCCUGAUGAGAGCCUGGAGGGCAGCGGCAGCCCCAAGGCGAAGACUAAGGUGUGGACGAACAUUACACACGAUCACGUCAAACCCUUGCUGCAGUCUCUCUCGUCCGGUGUCUGCGUGCCAAGCUGUAUAACCAACUGCUUGUGGACGAAGGAGGAGAGCAUUCGUCAAGCUGCUGUGGCCAAUCAGUUCGUUCCUCUCAACACAAAUCCUAAGGAGGUCCAGGAAAUGCGCAACAAGAUCCGUGAGCAGAACCUGCAGGACAUCAAGACAGCAGGACCUCAGUCUCAGUUGCUCAUGGGGGCCGUGGUAGAACGCUCCUUUGUCCAGAGAGCGACGAUCUGGCACGACGCUCCUCUAUCUGACUGUUUGGAGUGUAUCGAUGGCCUUGACCUCUCAGACAGCUAUAGUCCUGCUAGGUCUGUUAGAAAGGGGGAGCUAGUGACAGCCUCUAAAGCUAUUAUAGAGAAGGAGUACCAGCCUCGUGUGAUCGUCACCAAGACUGGACCGAAUCCAUUCAAUAAACUCACCGACCAGGAGCUGGAGGAGUACCGUAAAGAAGUGGAGCUCAAACAGAAAGGACCAGAAGUACAGGUUGAUGCGUCUGGCAGCUCAUUGGUUUCAGAUUCAGGAGGAGUCUCCACUCCUCCUGGCUCCUCAAAUCUCAAUUUGGGGGAGAAUCAGCUCUUGGCAGCUCCUCCUUCUUCUUCUGCUGCUGACGCCCCAGGCCGAAGUACAGAACCUGAGGCAGGAUCAGGAAGGGUCAGUCCCUCUGGUCCUUCGGCGUCACCGCACAAGGACUUUCACUGUGCUGUGCUGAAAGCCCUCAGUGUCACCACAGACUUGUCUGAGCAUGAUCAGCCUGAACAAGACAGCCAAGCUGAAGAUCAACCACAGGAGACGGAUGAGGUGGGGAAAGGUCCGAGCCCGACCUCUACCCCCCCAAGCACCCCGAUUAGAGUAGAAGAAGAACGACAGCAGGAGCAGAGCCCUAAAGACGAAAGCGACGCCGCCACUUUGAGACAGACCCUCCCCGACCUGACCCCGGACGAGCCUUCGGAAGCCGCCGCCACUGCCCUCCCUGCAGAAGACCCCGCCCCCUCUGAGCCAGACCCUGCCCCAGCUCACAUAGACGGGGAAGAGCCUGUUGCCGCUGACGACGCCACCGGCGACCAGGGCAGCGACGAAUCCCCCAACAAAUCCCCUUCGAAAAAGAAGAAAAAAUUCCGCACGCCAUCGUUUCUAAAGAAAAACAAAAAGAAGUCCGAGACCUAGAGAGGAAACUCCUAGGAUAACUAACCACGUGCAUCUCAUUCUUUUUCUGGUUUUUAUUAUUAUUAUUUUUUAAAUCUUUUCGCUAAUCUUGUCUUCACCUGUAGCUUGUGAAUGUCGCCUUUUUUUUUGUUUGUUUUUUUAAACGUAAUCUUUUUUUUUUUCUUUUUUUUUUUUUCUUUUUUAAUUAACAGUUAGUCUGGUAAAAUGUGUCGUGUGGCUUUAUUACGCAUGUGUGUCUCAGCCCACGUUUUAGCAGAUUUAUUUUAACUCCCUGCUUUUGUAAGAAAAGAAAAGAAUAAAUUACCAAGCUUAAUUAACCACUAGAAUGUAUUUGGAUUGUAUCGAAAUGUAUUCAAAGUGUCUUUAAAAAAGGAAUGCGAAAAAAAAACUGGUUAAAUCUAGUUUAAAGAAAAAGAAAUAAAUAAAUAAAGCAGCACGGUGCUAAAAUGCCUAUCUUGUUGAUUUGCAUUAAAUUUGGUCAUCUUUAUAAGCAGGUGACUGGCUAACUGGCUAUAGCUGAUUGUAAUCUACUACAGUAUUGUAAUCGAUCUUUAACCAGAGACGCCACAUUCAUAACAUUUCGUAACCUUUGCAUCAGACGGAAAAAUAUUGAGAAACACAAACUCGGCCUAGGGGAACAUGAAUGUUUUUGAAAUGAAAUAAAUAAAUAAAUAACGUCGAAAACUAGUCUCCAUAGUUUAGCUAAUUGAAAAUCGACGACUUGUGUGUAAUUGUACCUAAAAAUGUAUAUACCACGACAAAUAUUCACACUUUUCUCUUUAUCGUCGUUUCAUUUCGUAACGUUUGAAGUUUAUAUGGUUUUCAUUUUUAUAUUUAAUGAAAGAAAUCUUCCCUUAAGCUGUUCAUUUUACUAAAAUAUCUUGCACCCCAAAUCAUCUUUGACUUAUUCCUCAUGAUGUUCUAUUACAUUUCCUUAAAUUAUCCCACAAAGGCUCUUUUUUUCUUCUUUUUUUGUUCUUCUUCUUUGAUCACAUCUACAUAAAACGUAUAAAAUUUCAAACAUCUAUCAUUCUGUAAUUAAUUUCCACUGUACUACAAGAUGAAGACCUUUUUGGCUUUAUAACUGGCCUUGUACGUACUUGCGUUAGCUUAGCUAGAUGUAAAUGUGCUACUCCUGGAGUCAGGGUAAUUUCCCCUGUCAUAAAGCGGUAAAAAUCUUGUAGCAUAAACGAAACAUUGUAUCGAGUGAAGGACGAUGUUUCGGGAUUGACCGUCCUUACUAAAGAUCACGUAAAGACACUUGGGUUAAAAUCAGGACUACAAAAAAGUUAGCUCGGAAAACAAUACAGCAACACUAACGGGACAAAAACUAAUCUACGCUAAUGACACGAAGUCUAUAUUGAUGUUUGUUUAAAAGUUAUCUAAUAAUAUAACAGAAUAAUUAUUCAGACUCUUAAGGCAAGAUGCUGCAGAUGAAUGGGGUCAUUAAAAAAAAUUUGCUUUAUUCAUGCAAAUGAGGCUUCAUUUAAAUAUAUAUAAUGUACUUUUAUAUACUCUAUAAAUCUAUACAUCUCUAGAAAUCCAGUAAUAAUCAACAUUUUGGGAAUUUGCUAAUUAGUGAGGAACUGUUCUGAGAUUUUUGGUAGAGAAUGUAGAAUGUAUCAUGAAACGAGCUGUUCAGGGAUAUAUGAUGACGUGAUUGUUAUGAGUGGGUGGAGCUUAAAGCCUUCUUCAAAGCUGCUAGGUUACAGAUAAUGUGGUUUACAUGAAACAAAACCAGCGAAUUAAACAGUUUUCCUUUUAUGGUUUGAUGAUGUUUAUUGCUACAGUUUAAGGGCAGACAUGUUCUAGAUCUAGUUUCUAUUACAAAAAUCUGAAAAACAAUUGGCAAAAAUGGUCAUUACUUCCCCGUAGUGUCUUGCCUUAAAGGUAAGGGUAAUUAGCCUGAUAAUGAUGAUGAUAAUGAUUGAUAAUGAAUCUGCUAACUUACCUCUUAGAAAUAAAGGUACCAAAGUGUACUUUGUGGACUUGUCGCUGGGGUGGUACCAUCAAGAGGACAUUUCACUCUAUCUUUAGACCUUUUAACCUUAAAGCUUUACUCUUAAAGCUAAUUAAAGGUAAAAGAUAGAAUGGAAGCACUGGAGCGACAAGGAAAAUCCAGUUUAGUACAUUUAUGGUUUUUGCAUCCAAUUAUUGCUCGUCAUUAACAUUUCAUAUGUGAAGUGUCUAUUUAGAACCUUUUAAACUAUAACAGAGUCUUCUCAUUUUCUUUCUUUUUUCUUUCAAAUACCUUACCUAAUACAGACAUGGAUUGCAGUGUAAAUACUGAUAAAACACUGUGAUUAUGAGGAGAUGAUGAUGAUGACUUUGUAUAAGUUCAGACUGCAAUACACAUUUUAUUAUUUCUCCUCGUGAAUCACACACACAUACACAAGCUGCUGCUUCUCUUGUGUUGCUCUCAGUCAUGUGCUGUAUAAUAGAAUAGGAUUUCAUAGAAAUUCUUCCACGUGAUGUGAAAUACUGCUACCAGAGACUGCUGCACUAAUCUAAACCACUAACGUGCCGUCGUGCAUCUCUCUCUCUCUCUCUCUCUCUCUCUCUCUCUCUCUCUCUCUCUCUCUCUCUCUCUCUCUCUCUCUCUCUCGCUCUCUCUAAAUCAGAUGUGUAUCAAUAACAACUGGAAAUGACCUCUGGGGAAUAAAUGGCUGGGUUUUACGGUUGGUAGAUUUAUUCUGUGCUUUAGGAACUCGAGAUAGAGUCGUAUUCAUCCUUCAUCAUGUGAAGCUCGGUUUGUGUGUGACGAUGCAAAGAAGUUCCCCAGGACCGUGUGCUUUAAAACGUUUACCUUCUUCGCCAAUCAUUUCAUUUGAUUUCAGUUGAUCACAUUACUGAGUCCUUUUUUUAAAAUUUUUUUUAAAUGAUGUCCUGUUUCACAUUUA